UGCUUAUAAAGCCGAUUUCUACACGAUGGAGAAUGUAGUUCCUUCUACCACAGAAGACAAUUGCGUGGAGCAUCGCGAAAGAACGAGCGGAGAAAACAGUGAGGUGGUAAAGAGCGGGAGCCCUGCUAACGUCGUCAUCGAUCACAGUAAUAACGUCAUUGUAGAGCGCUUGAACUGCGACACAAAUAUCGAAAUCAAGAAAGAGAACUGUCAUGAAUUUCCAGCGGAUGAAGAUGAAUCGCUUGGAGAUGGAGAGCCCCAGGUGGACGAGACUAAUCACAGAGAAUACCAGAGUCGGAAAAACAUCUCCACACUCACAUCAAAACACUAUGCUGGUCACGUCAGGGUUUUCAAAGAGUGGUUAAAGUGCAAAAAUAUGGCAGAGGAAUUUGAGCAGUGGGCGCCUAGGGAGAUAAGCAAUUGGUUGUCUGAGUUUUAUAAGGAAUCACACUUAAAACAUGGUGGUACAAAGAGGGCCAGCUCCCUUAGAAUCAUACGCUCAGCUAUUGAUCAUCACCUAAAGAGUGCACCUUACUGCAAGUGCUACAGCCUUACCCACUCUCCUGAAUUCAGCAAGGCUAAUGCUACAUUGCAUGACUUGGAGGCUGCACAGAAAGAAUACUUGGAUUCUUCAGAUUUCAAUACCAGUGCUUUGCCCUUAAAUGUUGAUGAAGUACGUAAACUGUGGGCCACUGGAGUGGUGGGAAUCAAGACUCCAAAAUCUUUGCAGAGAUUGGUGUUUUUGAGUGUGGGAAUCAAUUUUGGCGUUACUUCUAGAGAUGACUUGCGUGAUUUAAAACCUGACAUGUUUGAGUUUUGCAUUGAUGAGAAAACAGGCCUGGAGUAUGCCUCAUGUAAACUUGGCGAGUCAACACCAAGUCAGCUGAGGAAUAAAAAGUAUAAAUGUACAGGGAAAAAGAUGUUUAGUGUACCAGGAAGUCUGCAGUGCCCUGUUGCAGCAUUGAAAUUAUUCCUUAAAAGAAGAAAUCCUGCUUGUUCUGCAUUUUUUCAGAUACCAAAUCGAGAUUUUGCAACAAGUGGAGUGUGGUACAGGUCACAAGCUGCUGGGCUCAACUGUCUGUCUGGCAUGUUGAAAGACAUGUCACAUGAGGCCCUUCUACCAAUGGAUUAUUCCAAUCACAAUUUGCGAGCCACACCUCCUAUUGUGUUAUACAAGGCAAUGGAGGAUAUACCACCUCUGCAACCUACAAGAAUAACAAACAGUGCAAUUCUUAAUGACAAGAUUGCAUUGAACAGCCCAGCACCUCCACUAUUGAACUCUGUGACAAAUGUAUCAAGUAUUUCAGCUGUAAAUAUUGACACAAAUCGUACAGUCGUUCCGGUGGUAGAAUCAAACACUAUUCAGGCACCCCUUAGAGAUGUAAGCACCAUUACCCAUCUCAUCAAACCUACUGAACACAUUCCUCAUUCAAGUUAUGUUUCUCAGAACUUGCAUCAGGUGUUCUGUAUUCCUCAGCAGUGGAACAUUCAAGAUAUUAUCAGAGCUGUAAACUCAGGAGAUGCACUUGUGAUUACAAAACAGUCAAGAAACACAGAGACUAAGCCCCAAGAGAAUGGUGAUGUUGUACAAUGCAGCGACUUUCAACAACAGCAGACCAGUGAAGUGCUCCAUAAUGCUGGACGUGACAGAUCUGGUCGUAAGCAGCCUGAGCCCAAACGAUUUCGCAGAGAUCCAGAGGUGAUAAAAGACCAAUCCUGUAAGGUUGAAGACAACUACAUGAGGGCAAUAGAUGGUAUAAAGAGCAGUCUUCAAUCCUUGGAUAAUCUUGUUUCUAAACAGAAACCUUCCAGCCAAGUUGUACAAGAGCUGUUACACAUAGGUGACAAUAUUCAAGACCUUUUGCAAAGGAUUAACUCAAAUGAAGAAAAGCUAUAAUUUAGUAAUUAUUGUAGUUUAUUUUCAGACAAUCAAAGAGAGUCAAAUAUGAAAGAAACUGACUGGUCAAAAGGUUUUAAAAUCAAUUUAAAAUGUGCAGUUCAGAGUGGAGGAAUGUCUUCUCUACUCCCCUUCCUUGCUCUUUUAUCACGACUGCUGCAAAUUUUUGUCAUUUAAAACUUGGAAAUAGUCUGGUAAGGGUCCUUUGGUGAGAAGUUUUGAUAAUGCAAUUCAUACGAUAACAGCACUGACAGUGCUCAGUCUAACUCUCGAAGCUAGGGACUUUAUCCUCCUCCCCAAAGGAAUUUAACUUAUCCCAGAUAUAUUUGCUUGCUGAUGUACGAGCUGUAGAUUACUUCUGAGCAGAGAGAACUAAAAGAUGAAAAUCCAUGUAACAAAGUAUUCAAGCAAUACUUACAAGAUAUGAAAGAAAAAAUUUGAAAACCAUCUGAGUUUUAAUGGCUAUAAAAAUGAAAGAUAUAUUUUCCUCAAGUGUAAAUAGCUUGAUAGCAAUCUGGCUAAAAUUCAUUCUGGGAAUGAAACUGAGAAAACAUUCUGUGUUGGUAUUGUCAGUGUUUUCCUACAAUUUUCAGCAUUUUAUCACAUAUGUAAUUUUUCCAGUUUAAAGCAGCUAUGGUUGAAUUUCCAGUAACGGACAUCUCAUAUGAAAGCUCCCCUUCUUAACCUGAAGUAGUACUUUUUCUGGUCCCAUGGGUGUCUUUUUGGGUGAGGUCUGAUUGUAGUAGGUUGAAGAUGACUUUUGGUAACUUUUUUAAUUGAACAAUGAACAUACUAACCAGCUGAGUAAGCAGAUACAUCUACAUGUAAUCUGUUGAAGCUGAUCAUGCAGGGAUUUCAUUAAGGGCUGGGCAGCGGGCAAAUUGACUGGCUGUGAGAACAAUCUUGCGUGGCCGGUUUGACCCCCUAGCAGAAAGUUUUUCUUACAAAGAGGUCUCGUUUUAGUAGUUUUGCCCAUCUGUGAAAACCAGUUGCCUUCCUGCUUAAAACAUUAAUGAAACCCCUGUCAUGGUAACGCAUGGGUUUUUUUCCCUGGUGUUAGUAACACAAAAUUAUGUUUUAACAUUCUUGCCACUAUUGAUGAUUUGGUUCAAUUUUUAAAUACAAAAUUGUUCUGAACUAUAGAGAGCCACCUUAAUUAAAAUGUGGGUUGAACAAAUGUUUACAGUUGUUGAGUUUUGUCAAACCUAUCAGGGCCGUAGCCAGAAAAAAUGAUGACUGAGGCAAUGUCCAUGGUUAAAUUCCCUUCCUAGGUAUUUAGGGUGUUUAUGAUUAAAAAAAAACAACAACAACAAAUGACUGAGGCAAGUGCUAGCCAUGGCCAUGUGGCUAAGAUGUAAAAGAGAACAUAAGUUUGAGAGGAUUCCUCAGUGCCUUACAAAAGCUACAAGCUUAAAGUUCAUUAUGAUAAGAUCUAAGUUAUUAUAUAUAAGUUAUUUUUAAUAAUGCAUUGUUUUUUCGGGGGGUGAUAUUGGAUCAUAGAAACAGAAGACUUUUUAUACCCCAAAGGUUAGUUAAAUUUAUAGUUGUAUAUUUAUUGAGUUGCACAACAGUGUAAAGUUGUCAGUUUCAUUAUUUAUUGUUAAAUUUCAGCAAGACUGGCAAAGUUUGUAGAUAUUUUCAUUAUUCUGUAAGGAGGAUGUUUGUCAUAUAAAACGCCUUUGGGCAGCAUUUUCAUAA